AUGAGUUCUGACCGAGAGGAGUAUGACAUGGUCUGUCAGAAAGCUGUGACCCUAAUUGUUGACCUUUGCCUGCACAACAGCUCGCUGCUGGACCCGGACACCUGUCAGGAUUACCUCUUCCUGCUGUCCAGCCACAGCUCUGACCGCAAACAACUGGGCUCUUCAUUCGGCCUCCUGCUCGGCGUCUUUCUGUUCUGCGGCCUGGCUCUUCUGGGCCUUCUUACAUUCGUCUCCUGGAAGCUGUGUCGUGUGCCUCUGCGGACGAAGGCCCAUCUCUCCAGCCCCACCCUCACGCUGACCUGCGACCCCGAGAUCUGCCCGCUUCAGCCGACCAUCCUGCUGCCCAGCCCCCUGCAGUCACCGGUCACCAUGGCGACAGAGAAGGUGAAGGACCCCAUGGGCUCGAUGGGUUUCCUGGAGGCGGCGGUGAAGAUCAGCCACACGUCGCCCGACAUCCCCGCCGAGGUGCAGCUCUCCAUGAGGGAGCACUUCCUGCGCCGCACCACGCGCAUGCAGAGGCAGGCCACCGAGCCCGCCUCCUCCACUCGGCACAAUUCAUUCAAAAGACACCUUCCCAGGCAGAUGCAGGUAGGCAGUCUAGACCUGGGGUACGACUACACGCCGGACAAUGACGAUAGGCCCACAAGCAUCGGUCGCAUCCAGCCAGAACUCUACCAACAGAAGACCCCGGAGUCGGAGGAUUCGUCCAAGAACGGCAGCAGCAAAAACUGUGGCAGGAUUAACUUCUCUCUCAAGUACGACUACGAAAACGAGGCGCUCAUAGUCAACAUCAUCAAGGCGUCAGACCUCCCUGCCAAGGACUUAUGUGGGACGUCUGACCCUUAUGUGAAGGUGUACCUGCUGCCCGACCGCAAGAAGUUCCAGACUCGCGUCCACCGGAAGAUGCUCAACCCCAUAUUCAACGAGAGCUUCCAGUUUCCUGUGCCUUACGACGAGCUGGCGAUCAGGAAGCUCCACAUGAGCGUCUUUGACUUUGACCGCUUUUCACGGCACGAUAUGAUCGGCGAGGUGGAGCUGGACAACUUGUUUGAGACAUCAGACCUCUCCAGGGAAACGAACAUAUGGAGGGACAUCCAAUACGCCAGCACGGAAAGUGUUGACCUUGGGGAGGUCAUGUUCUCCCUCUGCUACCUUCCCACUGCAGGCAGACUCACCCUCACUGUCAUCAAGUGCAGGAACCUGAAGGCCAUGGACAUCACCGGAUACUCAGAUCCCUACGUCAAAGUGUCGCUCAUAUGUGACGGGAGGCGUUUGAAAAAGAAGAAGACGAGCAUAAAGAAGAACACUCUGAAUCCCACCUACAACGAGGCCAUCAUCUUUGACAUCCCGCCGGACAGCAUGGACCACGUCAGCCUGCACAUCUCCGUCAUGGACUACGACUUGGUAGGUCAUAAUGAGAUCAUUGGUGUGAUGAGGCUUGGAUGCCAUGCUGAGGGUCUUGGAAGGGACCACUGGAACGAGAUGCUGGCGUAUCCACGGAAGCCCAUUGCACACUGGCACCCCCUGCUGGAGUCCAAGAAGUCUGAGAAAGAGUGGAAGGCGAGGACAGCCAGCUUCGACAGCCAAGGCUCCUGCCCCUCCCCCCGGCCCCCUGCUAGCCCCUGAGCAGAGCCACCUGUGACCCAGAAGGGGGUUUCCUCCCUCCUGCUGAUCCACUUCCUGUCUGUCUGAUGGAGGAGAAACACAACCCCACUGUCUCUCCCUCUCUCUCCCUGUCUCACUGUCCC